AUGACAAACCCAAUAACGCUCUACUAUCAUCUGGGCAAAGAGUUGAGGCCUGCUGCAAUGGACCCAAAAGAGAAGCAAGAACUUCAGAGACAGCUCAAAGAUGACACGAUACACGCCAAACGAGUACAGGACAUGGCAUCGAUGCGACACGUUCUAGAGUCAGUUGCUCCUCAAGUCAUGGAUCUCGUCACACGCUAUUGGAACAAUGCAGUCAGUUGGCAGGACCUUCCAACACUAUUAAAGAAGGAGCUCAAGAAUCACAAGAACAAGGACAUGUUGGUAGAUGCUAUUAAGAAUGAGGCGCACCAGAUCAAGAAGGGAAGCGGCAAGCGAGAGGAUAGCGGUGGGCUUUACGACUAUGAGAUUGAGCAGCUGCCGUUCCACAAGGAUGGGUUUGAGGGUGUCAUCGCGAGUGAUCAACUGGAUGAGCUCAAGCCCAAGCAGUGCAUGUCAUUCAUUAUGAACCUGGACAACAGCCAUCAGCCGGGCAGUCACUGGGUCGCUUGUAACAUUGAUGCCAAGGGUGACAAGUCGAUCGAGUAUUAUGACUCGUUUGGCGAUGACCCGAGCACUGACUUUAUGAGGAGGAUGAAGCAGUUGGUUGAAGAGAUAGAUCCAGACGUGUAUUUGAAGUUUAAAGUCAACAGGGUGAUUGACCAGGCUGUCAAUACUGAUACCUGUGGAUUGCACGCAAUAAAAUGGUUGAUCAAUCGUUAUCGCGGGGUGCCCUUCAAAGAGGCGACUGGCUACAGUGAUGUGAGGAGAGAGGAGAAGCGAGCGCGAGCAAUGGAACAGAGAUACAAGAAAUUCGGUUACUUAUAA